AUGCAAACCAGGCGACCCAUCCGCUCCCUCAGGAUGACUCGCUCCGCCAUUCUCGCCAAUCGCACGCUGUUCAACACUCGUCUCGAGAUGUGGAACACAGAGCUGAAAUAUAUCAAUGCCAGGAUAGAGGAGUGGAAGGGCAGCGGCCAGGCUCCGAACAAGCAGCACCCCGAGCUGCGCGCUUACCUGCUGAGGGCGCUCAGGGAUAACAUCGUGUUCGAGGCAAAGAUGUUCUCGGACCUUAGGAACGCCUUUGAGGCGAUUCGCUACAGAGCCUCUGAUCGUCGCAAGAUCAACGUCGUGCUGGACAGCAUGUCGUCUGGAGAGGCCGUCCGGAAGCACCACCUGGCAGAGUGGAAACAAUAUGAAGAAGCGACGAAUGCUCUCGAGGACAACGCGUUGACCGUGAAGGAGACAGCAGAGCGUAUGGAGAAAGAGAUCGUCAAGCUCGCGCUGAUGGGGAAGAACCUGGAGAGGCUGAGAGGAGACCUGGCCGGGCUGCGAUCUGACAGCGGGUCUGGUGACGACGCCGUCGAUGGGGUCGGUUUCUGA